AUGAUGUUGCUGCGACGACUAUUGUAUCAUAUGGUAUUGUUUUUGAGUGUUGCCUGUGUGUGUGUGGCGGCUGGAGAGAAUGCAGAGAACGAAGAAAAUCUAUCUACUGUUGAUGGUGAUUGUAGUGCUUCAGACAAGGAGAGUUUAAAGUGUGAAAAUAAAACUGACGUAGCUGAAGCUGCUCGUGCUGCUUGUCCGGAUCCUCGUGUCAAGGAGAAAUGCCCUGCCGAGGUUGGUGGGAGUAAAGCCAAUUGCCUUAAAGAUUCUGAACCUCCUUGUCCACAGCCACCAGAACCAAAGGAACCAGCGCCAACUACACCAAAGGAACUGGCCUCAACUACACUAAAGGGUUCUACUGAGGAAGUUGGACUAGAUACAGUAUCUGGUGAUCCUGCUGGUGAAAGAGGUGACCAGGGCCAUUCUGGUCCUACAGGUGAAAGAGGUACAGAUGGCAGUAGGCAGGGUUCUGGUACUAAUACUGGUAGUGGUCCUGUCUCUUCUUCCGCUCCUCCUACUGUAUCUCCUCCAUCUCAAGCUACGACUAAUGAGGAGAAAAGAGAAGCAUCUCCAACUGACACUCAAACUGGAAACAACGGCGGCAGUACAAAAGAAGAGAGUGGA